UCCUGGAGUGUAGAGUCAUUUCGAUGUUUAGUUACAAAAAUUUUAAAUAAAAAAUUAGAUGAAUGGAGGGCUUUAACCAUUCGCAAGUGCCUUUAAGCCUGAGGGAAGAGUUCCGUUGGAAACGAUUUGGCCUGGGAUACAAUUCGCCUUUGAACUUUCUGCGUUCCCAAUGGCAAUCAAAACCUAAAUCGAGUUUCUUCCUGGCUUACCGCUGCUUUCUGGGUGCUUUUUUUGGAAUCGGUGUCAUCAGUUAUACGGUGCGAUACUUUCAGAAAGGCACUUGUUUCAUCUAUUUAACCAAUUGGUCGUUUUAUAUGUGUGGCAUUACCAGUGUUUAUGCUGCUAUUCUGCAGACAGUAUAUCACUUUCAGGACAGUUCAUGGGUUCCCCCAACUUGGGUGAUGCAGAGCUAUUGGGCCUGCUUCUGGAUUACUUUGUGCGCCGCACAUGUGGUUUCCCUUACAUAUUGGUGUUUGAUAUAUCCCAGCGAUCGGGUGCCAACCAGUCCGACAUAUGUCUCAGACCUAUAUAACAUCUGGACCCAUGCAAUGCCGAUUAUUCUCUUCACAAUUGAUAACUUGGUGGUUGCCCAUCCCUCUCGACUUCUGCACUUUAUUUAUCCAAUGGGCUUUUGUUUGGUCUAUUUGGGAUUUACGAUCGUUUUCUACGUCGCAGGAGGUCGAGACUUGAAGGGACAUACUUAUAUAUAUUCAUUCCUGAACUACUCUAAACCGGCAAAAACUGCUUUAAUCUCAACUGUGGUCAUGUUUGUGAUACUUGCAUCUUCUACCCUUCAGUAUGGAGUGUAUCGACUGAGAACAUUAAUGGCAAAAAUGUUUGGCAAACUUAUUUUGGACUCAAGCUAAUCGAAAGAUGCUUAGGAAAUGUACUUUUUGACUAGUAUUUUGGCUUUACAAAAAGUAGUACUUAAAUUUGAAAUGGAAUUUGGCUUAAGAAUACAGGGAAUUUUAGGAACAUUAAAUUAUUUAUUAGUAGUA